AUGGCUGCUUCUCAAAAAGGUCUCUUCCUGAAUCAAAGAAAGUAUGUGCUGGAUUUGUUGGAAGAAGCAAAAGUCAUAGAGUGCAAACCAGCUCGCACACUUCUUGAUAGUAAGCUUCAAUUCGAUACCAAGGGAGAAUCUCUUGAAAGCUUGAGUUACUACCAAAGAUUAGUUGGAAAACUCAUUUACCUCACAAUUACUAGACCUGAUAUCUCUUACGCAGUGAGCAUUGUCAGUCAAUUUAUGCAUGCUCCUACAGUUGGUCACUUGAACAUUGUCAAGCGCAUCCUUAGAUAUCUCAAAGGUUUUGCUGGAAGGGGUAUUUUGCUCAAGAAAAAUGGUCACACAGAUAUAAUGGGGUAUGCAGAUGCAGACUGGGCUGGUAAUGCUCUUGAUAGAAAAAGCACCACAGGUUUCUGCAUUUUUGUUGGUGGCAAUCUUGUCACUUGGAGGAGUAAAAAGCAAAGUGUUGUUGCUAGAUCCAGCGCAGAGGCUGAAUAUCGAGCCAUGGCAUCCUCAGCAUUCAUUGUAAAGCAUGUGCUCUACUGUGCAGCAUGGCUUUGCCUUCUACUGUGGCAACAUGGCUGUGAUUGUGUUUCUACUAUUACAGUCAUUGUAAAGCAUGGCUUUACCUUCUAUUGUAGCAGCAUGGUUGUGAUCAAGUCCUUUGCUCCAUACUUUGUGUGCUUAUACAAGUAUGGAGCUGUGUACUUGAUAUAA